ACUCAUACACAACGACAACAGAGUUGACCAUCAUUUAAUGUUCCUCUCUGGAGAACAAAAAAAACAAUUAUUUGAGCAUCUGAAUACAGUGAUGAGAAGCUCAAUCUUCCACGACAAGCAGCGAGCAGCAACAAAAUCCUAAAAGUUAAACCUACAAAAUUAAACCCUUAAUCACAGUGCACCGACUGCCCAUCUAUAGAACAAGUACUACCAUCGGACGUGCCAUUAGCAGUCAACAGUUUCCCUAGCCCUAGGAUAGAUCAAGCAAAGAUGGGUGAGAUGGUGAAGGUGAUCGGCGCUUUCGGCAGCGGGUUCAGCCACCGCGCCGAGGUGGCCCUGCGCCUCAAGGGAGUGCCCUACGAGCUCAUCCUGGAAGACCUGGGCAACAAGAGCGAGCUGCUGCUGCAGCACAACCCCGUCCACAAGCUCGUGCCCGUGCUCCUCCACGGCGACCGAGCAGUCUGCGAGUCCCUCAUCAUCAUCGAGUACAUCGACGAGGCCUUCGACGGGCCGGCCCUCCUGCCGGCCGACCCGUACGAGAGGGCCGUCGCACGCUUCUGGGCACAGUUCAUCGAUCAGAAGUUCCCAAGGCCGUUCUGGAUGUCCUUCUUCUCGACGAACGGCGAGUCGCGGCAGCGCUUCCUGACGGAGGCGAAGCAGAACCUGUCGCUCCUGGAGGCGCAGCUCAAGGGGAGGCGCUUCUUCGGGGGCGACUCCAUCGGCCUCCUCGACAUCGCCGCCAGCGCGCUCGCUCACUGGCUCGGGGCCGUGGAGGAGGUCGGCGGGGCGGCGCCCCUGCUCACGGACGAGGAGUACCCCGCGCUGUGCCAGUGGGCGAAGCGCUACGUCGCCGACGAGACCGUGAAGCAGUGCCUGCCCAAGAGGGAGGAGCUCGUUGCCCUGUUCUCUGCGUUCAAGGAGAUGCUUCAGGCAACGUCGCAAAAGUGAGGCAUGUUUCCGUGCCAAAAAUAAUCGGUGUGCUGUGGACAUGUUUAGUAACGAUCUGUGGAUCACGAUUGUCCUUGGAUUGGAAUAAGAUGCUCUCUGCCUCUGCGCAAUGGAUCUUC